AUGUUGGCCGGCGCAUUCGCAGGCAUCGCUGUAUGGGAACCACAAUCAAUGGAGCAAGAAACCGAAGCUGACCUCGGCGCAGGUCCUGCUCAUGCCGUGUACUUUGGAACAUACGAGGUUGUGAAAGAGUUUGCGGGUGGAAACAAACAAGAUGGCAAACAUCACCCGUUGGCGGCCGCAACGAGCGGAGCAUGUGCAACAAUCGCAAGCGAUGCUCUGAUGAAUCCUUUUGACGGUAUGAACAGCACAUUCUGGCCGACGAUCUGGAAUGCACCUACUGACAACGAAGCAGUCAUUAAACAGCGGAUGCAGGUGCAUGGCUCUACGUAUCGAUCCCUGGGCGACUGUGCAAGAUCAGUAUUUCGCGCUGAGGGACUUGCAGCUUUCUAUGUUUCGUACCCGACGACAUUAUGCAUGACGGUACCGUUUACAGCUACUCAAUUCAUGGCCUACGAGUCCUUGUCCAAGGUGAUGAAUCCUCGGAAAGAUUACGACCCUAUUACACAUUGCGUGGCUGGUGGCUUGGCUGGUGCGUUUGCUGCCGGCCUCACCACGCCUCUGGACGUGAUCAAAACACUGCUCCAGACAAGAGGAUUGAGUCAACAGGAUGAAAUUCGAAACGUGCGAGGGUUGUUUCAUGCCGCAUCUAUCAUCAAAAAAGAAUUCGGAUGGAGUGGCUUCAUGAGAGGUUGGCGACCCAGAAUCAUCACAACCAUGCCAAGCACCGCCAUUUGCUGGUCUUCAUACGAGAUGGCCAAAGCAUACUUCAAGCGAACAUUACGCGACGAGCACAAUGCACAACAAACGAGCAAAUUGUGA